AUGGACCCAGGCAGGCCUGCAGGGGAGCUGAUGUCUCUUAUAAACAAACUUCAAGAGGCACUUACCCUGGAACCAAAAUUUCAGCCUCAUUUAGAACUUCCAGAAUCUAGCGAUGAUCCAGGGGAAAUUACAGCUGGAAUUCGAGAUGGUUCAGCUCAUGUUUUACGAUGUCUCAAGGUUUGGUAUGAUUUACCAUCUGAUGUUCUUUUUGUCGCUAUCAACCUCAUGGACAGAUUCUUGACUAAAAUGAUGGCUCGUCCCAAACACAUGGCAUGCAUAUCUGUGGCAGCUUUCCAAUUAGCAGCUCGUCAAGUUUCUUCCGCAUUGAGGUCAGACGAAGUUGUGGAAAUACCCGAUUCUAAAGAUUUAGCUUCGAUUUCUCAAUGCAAAUGCACUCUUGGAGAUUUGACACGCAUGGAAGGAAUAAUAUCUCAAAAAUUGGGAGCAGAACCCAACACUUUACCAAUAACUGCUCUUACAUUUGUCCGAUUGUUGAAUUCGAUUUUCGCAACAGCGGCAAAAGAAGCUGGAAUAUCAGAUGUUUAUUCCCAAGUCAUGUCGCAAUGUUCAAUUUGGGUUCAGCUUGAAAUAAUCAUUUGCGAUGUAACCUGUUCCAACUACCGUCCCGUUGAAAUAGCACUGGUGUUGCUGUGCUCGACGUUUCACUUAUACACAAACAAAUAUCCAGAAAUCUCUCGCCUUGUAGGUUUGGUCCUUGAGCUUCGUAAAAUAUGUCAAAUCACGGACGAAAAUUUUUGUCUUUGCCACGAAACCAUCGUAAGAAUUCUCGGUCGUUAUAAUGCUCACACCCAAAUGCCUUAUCGUCAGCGUCUUGUCUGGCGCCUUAGUCAACGCACCAUGAGAUUACUUAGGCCAACCGAUAAACUGGUAUCUACUCUUCCGACGAUCGACGAACACGGACAGUUGCAACUUCCUCUUCGUUCCAGAUUUGGAAGUUUAAGCUCUGAAGAAAGCUGGGAAUCCGGAGAGGAAUGGCCGACAUCAGGGAUGCAAUCCGUUGCCGAAGAGGAAGAGGAAGUUCCACCAUCAACCUUUCAUUGCGAUUUGACUUGA